AUGCAAUCACGAAAUCAAAGGAAAUCGCUAACAGACAUGCCAUUGGAAGUGAUGGAGAAAAUAAUAGUUGACUUCGGAAAAAUUUCAGCUGUCAAGGCUUUCAGGAUGAAGAGUGUUUGUAGAUUCUUUAAUGAGGUAGGAAAAACAGAUGAAGUAUAUAAACAUAUGGAGUUAGAUAGAUUACGAUUUCGUGGUUGGUCUGACCAGAAACAUGCAGUUGUCAACAAAUGCAUAGAGAUGAGAAACCCAAAUAUUCUGUUUAGGAAUGGAUUGAUGAAGUUAUUUUUCUUAGAAUCUGAACAUGAAAGGAAAACGAUGCUUGAAGAAACAUCUGCAUUGGGACAUUUGGAUUCAACAUUUGUCCUGGGAACGAUGUUGAUGGCUGAAGGGAGACAUAGGAAGCAGGAAGCUUUGGACAUGUUGAACAAUGCUUACUGCAGAGCAAAAGGUUUGUGCGGUUCGGGAUAUGAAGUUGAGUCAUUAUGGAAAUGGUUUGGAGUGGUUUCUCCUUCCCGGGGGUUAGGCAUCGAUCAAGGUUUUCGGUUUCAGGCGUCACGAUUGGACACUUGGGGGCUUAGAGCAAAGUUGGGGUUCAUUCUUCGAUAG